UCAAGAUACUUAUCAAAAUCCCACGAAGAGCAGAAGCCUUCCGACGUACGAAUAGGGCGACUGUUGUCCGCGCACAGCUGGCACAGCUCAGAAACAUUUCGAGACAGAUCAGUUCGAAAGGAAGAGAGAGGUCGCAUUCUACUGAAGUGGAACGCAGUUCCAACAAUCUGGCUGCCGGUAGACACAACUGUGACAUCCGACAACGAUGAUUCUGCCUUCCAUACACCACAAGACAGUGUCGUCGUGAACCAGGAAUUUGAAGCUCUGCCACUCCCUGAUUCAGCAAUUUCGACAACAGCAGCAUCACCAAAUGCUAUAUCUCCAUCGCACGAUGAAGUUGAAGUGCACUCAGAACCAUGUCCACCAGCUCUGUCACACAAUGCCGUCCUCCACAUGGCUGGCGGCACUUGCACUAGUGAAUCUGUCGACAUUACAGACACUUGUGUGGCACAAAGUGAAGGGGGUACCACAGAGCAUUGCAUAUCAUUUGACUGGUCACUAGCUGAUGUUUCCAGCAGCAUCAUAACGUUGAAUGGUAUGAAUCCGACCCAAGAUCAUGACCGUCUCCUGUGCCUGAAAACCUAUCGUAAGCCACAAGAAAAGAAUCCGCUGACUACGCCUUCCAAACAUGUGGUUGAACUCUUGGCUCAUGCUGACAAAGUAUUCAACUCCAAGAAGCCAGUUAUUCUUUCUCUCAGCGUGUCCGACUUGACAGACCUUGUGCUUCAGUCAAGCAGGGUGCUCCCUAUUCCUGAGUGGCAUAGACUUUCAGCCAAACUUGUUGACUUUUACUUGAUGUUAAGGCUGCGCAUUCACCUACGAAAACUCAAUACACUGGCUACCGCGAAAACCAAGCAAUCUGGGAAAACUGGAAGCAAGAGCGUCGGAAUGAGGACGUUAGCGAACAAUGUACGAUAGCUGCUACAACAAUCGUGCUAGUCAUGUGCUGCCGUUCGUGUAGUAUAGGUAUCGUAGAUUAAGCACUGCACUCAUUUUUAGUGGGGUGAUUACACAAGUGAUCCCCGUCUGGAUGCAGAGCUGCACUGCUACCCAGCGCGUCCACGGGUGGCGGAUAAUGGAAAGGCCUUUGGUUGAGGUUAGCGGCGAAAUAAGCAGAGCUGUGCAGUUGAAUAAGCAGCCGCGGACCAAACAGGUGUGGCUGUGACAUUACUUUGUCUAGCUGCAUGGAAUUUGUUUAAAGAGAAAUAUUAUUAUUGUCGGGAUAAACUUGAAGGAGGAUGAAACCAAUAUUUAAUACGCAAGCUUUUCUAUACUUGAUUGUACAUUUGUUUUGCACGUGUCAAAAGGCACAAUGAAACACUGCUAAAAUA